AACCUAUCAUUAACAGGCAAGAAUAGGAUGGUGUCUCUUGAUUUCCCUUAGUGUUAAAUGAGAAAUUUAAUAUGUUUUUAUUUACCUGCUUCUCUAUUUUCAUUAAUGUGGUCUAAGAUUUUUUAAUUCAGACUAUUACUAAAUUAUAAUUUUAAAUAAUUUAUACACUUUUUAAAUUAACUUUUACAUGGGCAUAAAGAUUAUGAAAACCCUAAGGUGUCACAACCUUAAAUUAAUUUCUACUUUUUCAAGUGUAUUUCAAAAGGAAUCUUAAGCCAUCAAAAUUAAACUCUAAUAUCCUAUUAUUCAUUAUUUUCUUGAUUUAUUUUUAUAUUAUAUCUUUAAAUGGUACCAUUUUCAUUUUUCCUGUUGUCCACAUUCAAACUAUUUCUUUGCUCAUUAGACUAGGAGAAAAGAAGUAGAAAUAGUCAGAUUUGAAAUUAAGAUACCAAGUUAUGUAUUCAAUAUUUGCUAUAGCAAAGUCUAAGGUCUGGAACAUGUUUAGGAUUAUUGGAUUAAUAGAUUUUAUGGUGGUGGGUUUUAUGGGGAGAAUUACCAGUAAUUUAGUAGAUUUGUAAGCUUGUUUUCUAAGAUGUUCCUGUCAUUUACUGCAUCAGGUAACACAGGGCCUGGCACUUAGAUUCUCAGUAAUAUUUGUUCAGUGACAGAAGCUGUCCUCUGUUGCUUUUGAGUCUCUAACAGACUGUUUUCCCCAUCUUGAAAGUGCCUAGUCAUCUAACCUCCUCUCAAAGGGACACCAACUUCAUUCUCUCUCUAUAAUAAGGGACCUUUAUGGGCCUCUCCUAGUUUUUUCAGAACAUGCUUGAGGACCAUAUAGGGAAGCAGGGUCUUAGAGGACAUUCAGUCUUGUCUUGGAAACAGUGGAGAAGGAAGUGUAGCAGUUGCUAGGGGUAAUAUUAUAUCUUUAAGAAAACAAUGCUGUUGCUAAGUUAUUUUUAGACAUAGAAGCCUUCUCUUUAUUUUUUUAUUUUUUUAGUACAUGAUCAUGUAGCUAGACUACCAAGAGGUGGGGAGUGAAGUGAAGCUGAGAACAGCCUCUCCAGGAUUAUCAGGUCAGGGUGAAGUUCUUGGCAAGAGACUCGAUUUAGUGUGGCAUUCUGGAAAGCACAUGGGCUGAGGAGGCAGGAGACCUUUAUUCUAGCUUUGAUUCCCUGUUCUUGUUUGUGACUGUGGCAAAAACCAUUUAAGUUUUGUGAGUCUCAGACUAGAUUUAUUAAAUGAGGAAUCUGACUCAAAGAUCCUUUCUAACUUUAAAAUUCUAUGACUGACCAGAGGACCAGGGUAGAACAUGGAGGCUUCUACUUAUCAAGCAUUUUUAUUUUUAAUAUCAUUUUGUAAAAUCAAGAAGAAUAAAUCAUUUAUCUUACUGCUUUGAAUAGGAGGAUUAGAAGAAGGAAUCAUAUGUGGCUCGCAUGUUUAUGUUCUGACUUCAUAUUAGGGACAAGGAGUACUUUUGCCAACACUGCCUUAAUCUCAGGUAAAGAGCUUUGGUUUGGACAAGGCUCCAAGGAUAAAAAUGAAUCCCAUUUCCAUCCAGUACUGAAGUGUUAAAGUUAGAAGACAUUUGCUAAGUCAAAUCACUUCGGUAAUUUCAGCCAGUUUGCAUUUAAUGGAAGGAGACCAUUGUCUACUCAUGUACCCGUCUAACUCAUAAUGGUGUGGUGAAGAGAGUAUGCACAUCUUAUCUUCUGAACAGUUUGAUGGAAUUAACCACAAACUUUGUGCAAGAAUAGAAAAAGGAAAGAUACUAUUCAAGUCAAAUACAUCAUAAUGCAGAAUUCUUUAUCAGUACCACCAAAAGAUGAAGGUGAAUCAAACAUCCCUUCUGGAACAAUACAGAGUAAGAAGGGUUUGCAGAAUAAGAGUCAGUUUAGGACCAUUGCACCCAAAAUUGUGCCCAAAGUCCUAACGUCCAGAAUGGUGCCAUGUCAUUCUCCAUCACUCUCUGAUCAGGUGAAUCUGGGAUCCUUCAAUUCCAAGCCGCUGGGAAUGUCUCCCCAGAACUAUGCUCUGAUGCAGGUUGCUGGCCAGGAGGGGACAUUUUCUCUUGUUGCUCUGCCACAUGUUGCCUCAGCCCAGCCCAUUCAGAAACCCAGAAUGUCCCUACCUGAAAAUGUGAAACUUCCUAUUCCUCGAUAUCAACCCCCAAGAAAUAGCAAAGGAUCAAGAAAGAAACCCCGCCUGAUCUUUCCUAAGAGUGGCUCUAGCAAAGCUCCUGCCCAAACCCAAAUGUGUCCUCAGAUGUCCCCUUCCCCACCUCACCACCCUGAACUCCUUUGCAAACCCAGUCCAUUCGAGGAAGUGCCAUCACUAGAGCAAGCCCCAGCCAGCAUUGGCACAGCUGCACUGACCAAUGGAAGUGACCAUGAGGACUUGAGACCACCAGUGACCAACACCCAUGGCAGUCCGAACCCUCCUCCCACCUCAGCAUCAUCCACACCAGAGGAGCCUGCCAAGCAGGACCUCACAAGUCUUUCGGGGAAAGCAUACUUUGUAAGCAAGAAAACAUCUAGUAAACCUUCUGCUGUUGCCAGUGAAAAACUUAAACAACAAGUUGAUCUUGCAGAAACCAUGACCAGUUUAUCAGCAACCAUUCUUGGCAAUGCAGUUCAGUUUAUCUCUUCAGUCCCCAGAGGGAAACUGCCAAUCCCACCCUACUCAAGAAUGAAGGCAGCAGAGGUUUAUGAAACCAAAUCAGAUACUAACAUCACAGGUUAUUCUUUACCAGGACCUAAGGCAGACUGUGAUAAGAUGCCUUCCACCACAGAAGGCUUUAGUGCAGCCACCAAAGUGGCAAGCAAGAUGCCUGUUCCACAAGUGUCACAGCAGAGUCUCUGUGAAAGUGCCUUUUGUCCACCCACCAAAUUUGAUCUCAGCCACAACACGAAACUGAACAGUGGAGCAGCAAAGAGAAAAGGAAGAAAACGGAAGGUACCAGAUGAAAUGUUGGCAUUUCCGGGAAGAAGGAGGAAAUGUAUCAUUAAUAAAUGUAGAGAUGGUAAAGAAAGAGUAAAAACUGAUCCCCAGGAAUGCAGAGACCAAAAGCCAGAGGCCAUGAAGAAAUAUCGUAGCAUUAUGCCCAAACCUAUCAUGGCCAUAUCCACCUUGGCUCCCCUGGCUUCUCCAACUACAUUGCAAUCCCAGAUGCAUGGGGGCCUAGGUCAGGAUGUUUUGUUAAAUAAUUCACUCACUCCUAAAUACCUCAGCUGUAAGCAGGACAACAGCCCUUCCCCUAAGCCCAGCUCUGUGUUCAGAAAUGGAUUCUCUGGCAUUAAGAAGCCUUGGCACAGAUGUCACAUCUGUAACUACCACUUCCAGUUCAAACAGCACCUUCGAGACCACAUGAAUACACACACCAACAGACGGCCUUACAGCUGUCGGAUUUGUCGCAAGUCCUACGUACGUCCUGGCGGCCUGAGCACACACAUGAAACUUCAUCAUGGCGAGAACCGUCUGAAGAAACUCAUGUGUUGUGAGUUUUGCGCAAAAGUGUUUGGUCACGUCCGAGUCUAUUUUGGCCAUCUGAAAGAAGUGCAUAGAGUUGUGAUCAGCACUGAGCCCGCAACCAGUGAACAGCAGCCCGGAGACAUACCAAAGAACAGAGACCCGAGUGUGCGAGGCGCACAGGGAUCGUCGGAGAGGGAAAAUAAGUCCAACCUGGAAGAAGACUUCCUUCUAAACCAGGCAGACGAAGUCAAAUUACAAAUCAAAUGUGGCCGUUGUCAAAUUACUGCUCAGUCUUUUGCGGAAAUAAAGUUUCAUUUGCUCUAUGUUCACGAAGAGGAAAUUCAGGGCAGGCUGCAAGAGGGGACCUUCCCAGGAAGCAAUGGGACUCAGGAAGAGCUGGUGCAGCACACUAGCCCCAGCUGGAAACGGCAUCCUGAGAGAGGGAAGCCGGAGAAGCCUCAUUCCUCCAAAGAGGAGUCACACGCAUGCCCGAGACUGAAAAGGCAGCUCCACCUUCAUCAUCAGAACGGCAUGGAAAUGCUCAUGGAAAACGAAGGACCCCAGUCAGAAACCAACAAGCCGAGGGAAACCCACCAGGGCCCUGAAUGUCCCGGCCUCCACACGGUCCUCUUGUGGUCCCAUUCAGGCUUUAACUGCCUCCUUUGUGCAGAGGUGCUGGGGCGGAAGGAGGACCUCCUCCUUCACUGGGAGCACCAGCAUAACUGUGAGGACCCUUCCAAACUGUGGGCUAUUUUCAAUAUGGUCUCCAACCAGGGAUUGAUUGAACUUUCCAGUGAAGCUGAGAAAUGAAACCCCAAGGCGGGCCGGGGUUGAGGAGAGAGCUCUGCCGCCACCUUCCCUCAGAGCUUCAUGCUUUAUGGUGGUGCUUAAUCACAAAGAUCAGACAACACGGGAUCAGCGCGAGUGAGCAGAAGUGAUUUUUGUAUGUGGUUUUAUUGUCUUAGGAAAUAAAAUACAUGUUCUCCAAGCAUUUUUUCUAACCAUGUGCUGUCUUAAUUUAAAAUCAUAUGUACUGAUUCUUAAUAUCUUAGACUUUCAGAAUAAAUAAAAAUAUGAAAAUUUGGAAAUUGAAAUCUAGAGGAGUAUAGGCUGUUCUUCAAAUACAGCUCUCAGUGAAAA